AUGAUUGCCUACUUGGAAAAGUAUCACUUGCAAGAUAUUAGAGAUAUUUUGUGUCCUCCUCUCACUCUAACAAAUGAUGAUACAAUUCACUAUAGUGUAUUUAUUGAUGUUUCACAUUUCAUGUCUGCAAAUAUUGAAAUUGGAUCAAUUUUAUUAUCAUACCCAACAGAAUUAAUUCCUAUUUUUGAGAGAGCACUGAUUAAAACACAGCAACGUCACAUUGAAAAACAAGAAGUUAUGAAGGAACAAUUUAAAUUGAAAACAUUUGUGCAUGUUAGACUUCAUACGUUACCACAAUGUUCCGAAGUAACAAAAACAUCAGUGAGAUCUGUGAGGAGUUGUGACGCUAAUAGAUUAAUUUCUGUCAGUGGUACUGUCAUUAAAACAGGGCCUAUCAAAAUGUUGGAGUAUAAGAAGAUUUAUAUUUGUAAAAAGUGUAAAAAGUCAUUUGAUAUUGUUGCAGAUAGAGAACAAUUUAAUAGUAUAACGAAACCAACACAAUGCCCAAUUGAAGAUUGUGGAGGAAAAUCAUUUAUUUCGAGAGAGGAUGAAAUUGUUUGUAGAGAUUAUCAGGAAAUCAAAAUUCAAGACAAAAUUUCACAACUACAUGUUGGUUCAAUUCCUCGUUCCAUUCUUGUAGUUUUGGAAGAUGAUUUAGUGGAUGUUGUAAAAGCUGGAGAUGAUGUAAUUUUAACAGGAAUACCUUUCAGAAGAUGGAAAACUUUUAAAAACGAUGCUAGAUGUGGUGUUGAUAUGGCUGUAUGGAGUAAUCACAUUCGUAUUGGAAAUGAAAAGAAGAGUGCAAUGAACGUUACAGAAGAAUUGAAAUCAGAAUUUAAACACUUUUGGGAAAAGUAUAAGGAGAAUCCAUUGGCAGGAAGAAGCUUAAUUUUGAAGAGUAUGUGCCCUCAAUUAUUUGGAUUGUACUUUGUCAAGUUGGCAGUUGCGUUGACUAUUAUUGGAGGAGUACCAAUGAAAAAGAAUAAUACACGUAUUAGAGGAGAGUCACAUUUAUUGAUUGUUGGUGAUCCAGGUACUGGAAAAAGUCAAUUUUUGAAAUAUGCCUCUAAAUUGAGUCCCAGAUAUGUAAUGACAAAUGGAAUUGGUACAACUAGUGCCGGUCUGACAGUUAUGGCUUCAAAAGAGUCUGGAGGAGAUUGGGCCCUUGAAGCAGGUGCUCUUGUUUUGGCUGAUGGAGGAGUUUGUUGCAUUGAUGAAUUUGAUGCUAUCAGAGAACAUGACAGAGUAACCAUUCACGAAGCUAUGGAACAACAAACCCUCAGUAUUGCAAAAGCUGGUUUAGUUUGUAAAUUGAAUACGAGAACAACUGUUUUGGCAGCAUGUAAUCCAAAGGGAAAGUAUGAUUUGGAAGCAAAUUCCCAAGAUGAAGAGUGGGACAAUAGAGUUUCAUCAUUCAUUCUCAAUGAGCAACAAAUGGAAGAGGAAGAUUCUCAGUUAUGGUCAUUUGAUAAGUUGAGAGCUUAUAUUUCCUAUAUCAAAUCAGAAUAUCAUCCACAAAUACCGCCAGAAAGUGGUAGAAUCUUAACAGAAUACUAUAGACUUCAAAGAAGAGCUGACAGAAGAGUUGCUGCAAGAACAACUAUUCGUUUGCUUGAGUCUUUAGUUAGAUUAGCCCAAGCUCAUGCCAGACUCAUGUGUAGAAAAGAGGUUACUGUCCAAGAUGCUGUAAUGUCUGUAUUAACUGUUGAUAUUUCUUCCAAUACUUCAUCUUUACUGAAUGUUUCAUCUGUACUUCAUUCUAAUUUCCCAGACGAUCCAGAUAGUGAU